AUGAAAAAAAAUGCAGAUGAAACACCACCGGUUAAAUAUGUAUCAAAGAAGCGGGACUUGAAGAACAAAGGCAAGUUAAAGGCAAAACAAACUGAUAAGAUUACACUUGCAAAACCAGGUACUUCAGGAAUAAAAUAUAAAGAAAAAGAAUGCAAAAAUAAAUUAAAAAGAAGACGAAAAGUUUCAGACAGCUCUACUAGUGUGUCCGAUAUUAUUAGUUUACACAGCGAAACCGAUUUUGAUUUUGUUGAUAAUUGUGACUAUGAAGCAUUAAUUGACGGUUUCUGGGGUGAUGAGUAUUUGGAUACAGAAAUAGAAAAGGAAAACUCGCAAACAGAAGUAGGAGGUGAAAGUCCAAGUGAACAUAAAAUAAUGUGUGAUAUUACAGGGAAAGAAAAAAUAUUAGGUGCUGAAGAUUUAAAAACUAAAGAAGAAGGAAAAGAAAAUAAAGGAAAAGGUAAAGGCAAAAAAACAAAGAAUGGAAAGGAAAAUUAUCAUUUAAAUGGAGAUUGUGAUAAUCAAGAAAAUUAUAAAGCUGCUAAAGUUCAAGAAAGCUGUAGAGAGAAAAAUAAGACUGAAAAUAAAAAUGAAUGUGUUAACAAGACUGACGAUGACGAAGAAGCACCUAAAGAGAAAAAAAAGAAACUGAAACAAUAUAAGACUGACAAACUUCCUAAAAAUACUGAUGAGAACCAAAUAGAACAAAACAAGGCCGAUGAUGACGAAGAAGCACCUAAAGAGAAAACAAUGAAAUUGAAAGAAUAUAAGACUAACAAACUCCCUAAAAAUACUGAUGAGAAUCUUAUGGAACAAAACAAGACUGAUGAUGACGAAGAAGGAAAUAAAGAAAAAAAAAUGAAACUGAAACAAUAUAAGACUGACUCUGAAAAUACUGAUGAUAACCAAAUAGAACAAAACAAGACUGAUGAUGACGAAAAAUAUAGCUUAAAUGAUACAGUACUUGUAAGAUACUUUAAUAGAAAGAAAUGGACUUACUACAUUGGAUUCAUUGAGAAUAUGAAACAGAAAGACGACGAAACCUACUAUACUAUCAACUUUUUAAGAACAGUUAAGAAGCCAAGUCUUAAAUUUGUACAAACGAAGAAACGAGAUUAUGAUGAAAUUACAGAAUUACAAAUUGUAAAAAAAGUAAUAUUAGAGAAAAGCUAUGACAAUGAUAAAGAAUUCAUGUUGUUCAAUGAUGACAGCCAAAUGUUUAUAGACUAA